AUGCACUGGGCCGAGAGCCCCAGCGUCGUCUUCGUCCGCGACUUCGCCUACCCGUGUCCGCAGCGCCGCCGCUUGCGCACCAUGACCUCCGCCGGCGACGUCGCUAACACGCCAGCCCACGUCUACGCAGAGUACGUCCUUGAUCCAUCGCUGCCCGACAGCAGCCUUCCUGCCCCUGUCGCUCAGCCCGAUGGCGAUGAUGCCCCGCCACGGCCACGGCCCGCCCUGCCCUACCGCAUCAAUUCGCACCGUCUGCGCGUGCAAGCCCAUGCUAAGAAUGAGCGCGCCAGGCUCCUCUCCGGCCCGCUUGUCGAAGUCGUGGUCGGCGCCGGUGACGGCAAACGUCAAUGGUCCAUCCAUCGCAACCUGCUGUCCUACCACUCUGACUACCUCGCUUCCGAACUGCAGACCGACGACGCCACCAAGAAUCGGACCGGGAACAAGCUGGAGCUGUCCGAGGACGACCCCAAGGGCUUCGAGUUGUUUGUCAAGUGGCUCUACCAGGGCAAGCUGGACGACGUAAGCAAUGUGUCCGGUGCUGAGAGCAAGUACGACUACGCCGUUGCUUGCCACAGGCUGUUCAUGCUCUGCGAGCGUUUCGAUAUGCCUCACCUGAAGAACAUGGCCAUCGACCAGUACCGAAAGGGCCUGAACGAGGCCCGACUGGUGCCAGACGCGGACGAGAUCAACGAAAUUUAUCGAAACAGUCCAAAAGGCUCGCCGUUUCGCGACCUGAUGACUCGCAUCGCUGCCCGCCAGAUCAUGGAUCCGGACAGUGACAGAGAUGCCGAAGGAUAUCGUCAUUGCUUUGCCGCCAGCCCCGAUUUUGCUGUGGAUCUUGUUAAUGCCAUCAAAUCAGGCUCCGGCGGCUUCUUGUUCGAUGAUCCCACCGAUGGUGAUGAUUGCCUGUAUCACGACCAUGAGCAUGGACCCAAUUGUUACACCAAAGGGAAAGGUAAAGAAGGUAACUACAAGUUCAUUUGA